AUGCUGGUUUUGGGUCUCGCGAGUUUGCAUAAGGAGGCGUUGGCAGGUGUGCCGGAUCUGUUGGAGGGGCUGGUAGCGGUUUUGGACGGGGCAACGUCGGGUGAGGUAGUGGCUACAAAGGCAGCAGAAAAGGCUGCGGAGACCCUGAAUAUCCUCUUGAGAGACAAUAAAGAGACGUGCAAGGCUCUGAGAAAGAUUGGGGGGAGCAUGCGAAUCCUUGUGGGGCUCCUUGGCAGCAACAGCCAGCAAUUGCAAUUGGUCUUACUAAGAACGCUGGGGUUUGUGGUGAGCCAUGUCGAGGGGAUGGGUGAGGAACUUGCUGGACUGCCCGGGUGUGUUGCCAACCUUGUCAAGCUCUUGGAGUGCCCUGCGGAUGCUGUAAAGGGGAACGCAGCCGGUCUUUUGACGCACUUUGCAACAGAGAUCAAGAGUCCUUCAGCACUAGCAGCCGCCCAGACGACCAUUGCGAAGGAGCCAACCUUGUUGCCCAAGUUAGCUUUUGAUUUGAGUGUUGUGGAGGAAAAUGAGGCAGGAAGGGAGCUCAGGUAUUACAGACGGCGGUUGGGGGAGCUUCUGAGAUCCUUGUGCAGAAACAUGGACAACAAACAACUUGUUGCGGGCAUGCCUGGCUGUCUAGAGGGGAUCCUUGGUCUGCUGGAACGUUCGCCCUACCUGCAAGAAGUGGGGGCGACUGCCUUGUCAGACCUGGUAACCGAUGUUCAGGCCCAGCAGGCGUUAGCAAAAGUUCCUGGGGUUGUCCCGAAGCUGAUCAAGGGGCUAGACGGAAGCGAGCGUAUCGGUGAGCGUUUGACAGAGGGGGAAGGAGCCGGGGUGCGGGAGGUCGAAUUGGCGCUCAGAUGCCUCUUGAACAGCCCUGAAGCAUGGAGGCUUUUUCUGGACGGGAGGCAACUCGCAAUAAAGGUGGUGGGUCUGUUGGAGGCCCGGUUGCUCUCAAUACAGCUCUUUGCAGCGGAUAUUCUAAACCGGAUGGCUGCGACGCCGGCAGGCGCAGAAAGCGUGGCGGGUCUGCCGGGGUGCUUGGAGAAGCUGGUUGCUUGGUUUGAGAAGACGGCGAGGUGCUCGGAGGCCGGGGGGCAAGCCGGGGGGGAAGUUUUGGUACGCCUGACGGCUUGUGCAAAGGUUAGGAGACUUGUCGCGAGGGUUCCUGGCGUCCUGGAGGUUUUGGUGGGCGCUUUGAAUGGCGAGAGCGAACCAACCCGAGGGGCCGCGGGGGCAACUCUGUGCAACCUGGCGCUGGAUGCUGAGAGCAGGGCCGCGAUAGUGCGAUUGCCGGGGUGCCUGAAGGGGCUGUUUCCGGUUAUGCUGGAAAUCGAGCAUCCGGUAGCCCCGUUGGUGGCAGUUUCCGCGUUGGAUCGAUGGGCCAAAGACAGUCGAGUUGACAAAGCGAUCGUUCGCACGGCAGCCGAGAUCCCCGGGGCCAUCGAGCGCUUGGUUGCACGCUUGAGUGGCAACUCGCCCGCGGCGUUGCGGGCGCAGGCCGGGGACGUUCUGGCGGCUGUUGCAACGGAAGCGGCAUCUGCAAAAGCUAUGGUGAGCCUGCCGGGGUGUCUCGCGGGGGUGGUGCGCCUAGCGAAAGAAGGGAACGGGUCUGGGGCAUCAGUUGCUGUUUCGCUGCUGCUGAAUCUGGCCGCCCAUCCUGACGUGCGGACGGUUCUGAGGGGCGACCCGGACGUACGAGCGGCUCUCGUGGCCAAUUUGAACGGCGGGGCCAUGGGGAUGGUGUGGCGUGGCGCGGCGGAAGCGUUGGAGGCCCUGGACUCGGUGGGGGGCGCGGAAGGGGGGCCGGGGGAAGCGGACAGAACGGUGGGAGGGGCGGAAGUUUUGGGUGGGGUCGAAUGCGUGCCAACUCUGGAAGCGGGGCCGUCAGGGGUGAACAGCGAGGAGCGCGAAACGGAGGGCGGGGGGAUGGGAGGGAACAAGACUGGACGAGAUCAACGGCACAAACAUGGGGACAAUCAGUACAAAAGCAGCGACGUUGCCCGAAGAGAAGUGCUCAGAAGCGGACACGUGGCAGCUCGGGCAACAAUGAGUAAUUUAGCUCAGGCGAGGUGCCGGAGUGCGCGCAACGACCGAGACUUGCCCUGCCACAGCGGGAGAAAGGGGGCCCUCGGGGAAGUCAAGGCGACCACAGGAGCGGCCGGCUCGGGAUACAAGUCGCCUAGAGUGGGCUCCGCUCCCGACGGCUGA